ACUCUAUGUAAACAAUACAAACAACAUGUAGCAGACGGCUUCGCAGGUCUUGAUGGAAUCGCUUUAACAGUUUUGAAGUUUGCAGUUUGUUCGGGAACUUCGGUACAACGAAAAGCGCGGGUUAAAAAUAAAUAUACUCUAAUGCACAGGCUGGUGCGGAAGACGUGAGAGUGGAGCGACAGGAUGGGGCGUCACCACGCGGCCAAGUUCAUAGAUUCGCUGCGCCUGCAUGUGCGCGGGGGAGCGGGCGGCACGGGCUACCCCAAGUACGGGGGCGUGGGCGGCCCCGGCGGCAGCGUCUACGUCGUCGCCAAGGAAGGGUGCAGCCUGAGGGACGUGGUGCGCCGACACCCCACCAAGAGGGUGGCGGCCAGCGGGGGCGGGAAUAGCCAGGCCCGCCGCAUCCUCGGGGAGCCCGGGACGGACGUGACGGUGCAGGUGCCCGUGGGGGUGUCGGUCAUCGACGACUGUGGCCGGAACCUGGGGGAGCUGGACGCGGACGGCAGCAGCGUGCUGGUGGCGCGGGGGGGCCCGGGGGGCUGCCCCACCAACCAGUACAACGGGGCGCGCGGCCAGGCGCACACGGUCACGCUGGACCUGAAGCUGAUAGCAGACGUGGGGCUGGUGGGCUUCCCCAACGCCGGCAAGUCGACGCUGCUCAAGGCCAUUUCGCGGGCCAGCCCCCGGAUCGCCUCCUACCCCUUCACGACGCUGCGCCCCAGCGUGGGCACGGUGCAGUACCCCGACCUGCGCCAGCUGAGCGUGGCGGACCUGCCCGGCCUGGUGGAGGGGGCCCACGCCAACGAGGGGCUGGGCCACCGCUUCCUGAAGCACGUGGAGCGCACCAAGCUGCUGUUGCUGGUGGUGGACGCGCUGGGGUUCCGCCUGAGCCCACGGCACCGCCACCGCUCCUGCCUCGAGACGGUCCUGCUGCUCAACAAGGAGCUGGAGCUGUACAAGGAGGACUUGCUGCUGAAGCCGGCCGUGCUCGUCGUCAACAAGAUGGACCUGAGCGGCGCGGACGCUGUGCUGCGCGACGUCAAGGCCGCGCUCCGAGACCUGCCUGGACUGCUGGCCGAGGUCCCGGAGGAGCUGCGGCCAACCAGGGCCCUGCAGCUGGACGACGUGCUGGCCAUCUCGGCACGCAGCGACGCCAGGUCCGUGCAGCGGGUCAAGUGGAGGCUGCGCGAGCUGCUGGACCUGCACGCCGAGCAGCGCGCUGACCCGGCGGCCACGGAGAACCAGGCGGCCGCUCGUCUCUCCGCGCAGACCGCGGAGGCUGGCCCGCGCCUCGUGUGACUCAUCCCCUCCUCGCUGGUCCUACCAAUGAAACAGUCGUGCGCGAGAUAGGUUUCAGUGCAAUUGCUUUUAAUUUUCAUGAACUCGUAUAGGUUUCAGUGUAAUUGCUUUUAAUUUUCAUGAACUCGUGUUUGUUGAAAAUAAUGCUAUCUUUGUAAAUAAACAAACGGGAUCAAUGAUACUUUGAUACUUCACCAAAAAGGUGUCAUUUUGACUGAUAUGCAAUGCAAUUUUACAGUAUAAUUAUUUGUAAUAACUGAUGGAAACUAUAAAAAUAAUCAGCAAGUA